CUACUCCUGAAAUGCUUGAUGUCCAGUAUGGUUAUUUAAGUUCAGAGUGUUACCUUUAGAGGGCACAACUACACUCUUGAUUGUACCAUACAUAAUGGUAAAUAAUUUUCGAAUUUUCAUGUAUUUCUGCUGAUGGUAUCGAUAAAUUCUUCAGAUCUUUCGUCUAGAAAUCCAUAAUAUCAGUAGAUGGAGCUAUUAUUCAACAAAAAAUUUGAUGCGUGAAUCACGCGCAACAGUUUUCCUCAAUUUUCCAUAAAAAAAUUUAUAAUUUGUUGUCCACUAUGUCAUCAAACUGUACUGAUAAAAUUAAAUAUGUUUAUCAAUUACCAUUUUUUGAACGUUUGGAGCUUUGUAAAAUACUUAAUCAAAAUGACAAGUGGGAGGAACUUGCUGGGAUAUGGAUGGAAUAUGAUGUAUUGACAAUACAAAGUUUGCGAAAAGAAAAGAAUCCUACAGAUGAAUUGUUAACAAUGUGGGGUCAUCAUAAUCAUACUAUAUCAGAAUUGUUUGUUUUAUUAUCUAGAAUGCAACACUAUCAGUCUAUGAUACCGUUGAAAUCAUUUGUUGAUGCAAAAUUUCAUAAAUUAAUUUAUAACGGGGAAGGCAAUCUUCAUAGGGUACUUGAAAAACGUCUGAAUAAAAACACAAAAGACUUGAAGAUAGGUAUACAAAAUUUUAAUCAAAUUGCACCAGCAGAACCAAAUGUGCCCAAAAUUAUCAUUGAGAAAAACACAAAGGAAGAAUCUUAUAAGAUACUGAAUCAACCAAUGCAAGCUAUACAUAUAAGAGAUACUCCAAGUAAUUCUAAUAAUGUACUUGUCGCAUCUCUGCCUGCAGUACAACUUUUAUCACCUUUUUUGAGAUGUGCUCCAUCUAAUGAAAAAAAGAAUAAUGAAGCAGCAGUUUUUCAAGCAGAAACAACUCUACCUCAGGCUACUUAUCAAGAAUUAACAAUAAUUACAGAUGAAUGGAAUAGAUGUAAUGUAUUAGGAAGGGGUGGGUUUGGAACAGUAUAUAAAGCUACUUGGAAGAAUACAGAUGUAGCUAUUAAAAAACUGGAAAAAAGAGGAACUGACUCAGAUGAAAGUUAUGCAGUCCAGCUUCAACAGUCACUGAGAGAAAUAAAGAUUUUAAAUUCUUGUCCACAUGAAAAUAUUUUGCCAUUGUAUGCAUAUAGUUUGGAUGGAAAAUCACCUUGUCUUGUGUAUCAGCUCAUGAAAAAUGGAUCUCUAGAAGAUAGGUUACUAGUAAAACAAAAAACACAACCAUUAACUUGGAUACAACGUCAUCAAAUAGCUAAAGGAACUGCACGUGGCUUACAGUAUUUACAUACAAUUGGAAAAAAACCUUUGAUACACGGAGAUAUAAAAAGUGCCAAUAUUCUACUUGAUAAAAGCUUUGAACCUAAGAUAGGAGACUUUGGGUUAGCAAGAGAAGGUCCUGAGGAAGAUUCUAUGAAAGUAAGCAAAAUUCAUGGUACUAGGCCUUACCUUCCAGAAGAAUUUCUACAUGAACGAAAAUUGUCUACAAAGGUAGAUACUUACAGUUAUGGUAUAGUUUUAUUUGAAUUAGCUACUGGUUUGUCAGCUUAUGAUGAGUCUAGGUUGGAGAACAAAUUUUUGAAAGAUUUUAUUAACAGUUGGAAAAAUGCAGACCUUCCUUUGUUAAUGGACAAGAAGGCAGGUGAGAAAGACAAACAGGUUUAUACUAAUUUAAUGCUUCUGGGAAAGUGGUGUACUAAUAUAGUACAAAACAGACCCGAAAUGAGUCGUGUGUUCAAAAAAUUCACCGAAUUAUGAUUUUUUGAUAUCUUUAUUUUUGCAUGAAAGUACUGUAUCUUGUAAUAAGUAUACUGACGAAAUUUUAAUACGUGCUAAAAUUACUUGUGAUAUUAUUAUUUAUGUAGUUACACAUAUUUGUAAUUGUAUAAAUACUUUUAUGCAACAUAUUAUUAUAAUUCCUAAGGAAUCUUUUUGAUAUUAUUACAUUGCAUGGUGUGCAGUAGUUUUGUAGUAAUUUUGUAAUUAUAAUUGGUUGGAAUGUUUAUUUCAUACAAUUUGUAUUUUAUACAAGUGGUUUUAUUUUGUUGCAUCCAUAUUUUUAUGUUGUAUACAGCUGUUGUUUAUUGUUAUUGAAAUUACAUAUAUUUCUAUGUAUAAUACAAAUAUUUUUAAAGUAAAUAAUGUAAUUAUUAUAUAACAAAUGUUUAAGUCACCCCUUAUACAUAAUGCAUAGUAGGAUAGGUAAUAUUUCAUAACUAAUGAGUGUUUAUUUCAGUUGAAGUAUAUUUAAUUUACUUAUUGUGUAAUAAUAUUUUUCAAUUUUUUUUUCUUUUUCUAAUAUAGACAUCCCAUAUUAAAAUAAUAAUAAUCUAUCAUGAUAAAACUUAUUGAUCCACAAAAAAUAAUAACAUAAACUGAUGUUUUUGAUUUUUAUUAUGAAAUUCAAAAUUAUAGGCAAGUAUAUUUUCCGAUCUUUAUACACUUGUAGCCUUAGCGCUAUAUUUUUAUACUUUGAUAAAUGUAGUAUGAGCAAAAAUUUUCUAAUAAUAAAGAAAAUGAUAGACUAACAA